CAAUUUCAGUACUACAAAGAAUUAGAAGAACUGGCCGAGGUAUACGAACACGACAACCGAAUUAUUGAAGGCGAUGAAGAUUCAAUCGAACGUGAACACGAACCAGAUCGAUUUCUUGCAAGAAUUUCACUGACACUGAAUGUGUUGCUCCUUUUUGUUAAUCUAUUUGCAUCUGUGGUGACCGGAUCGUUAUCAAUUGUGAGCACAUUUGUGGACUCAUUCAUGGACAUCAGUACAGGACUUAUAUUAGGGUUAUGUCUGUGGCUGAUCAAGAAUACGAACACUCAGAAAUAUCCACGAGGUAGAGAAAGGCUCGAACUGCUAGGAGUGAUUUUAUGUUCGAUCAUCAUGGAUCGCAAAUAUGUAGCCCCGGAAGUGAACAUAUACAUAAUAGUGAUAAUGUUAUUUGGAUCACUUCUAAAGACACUUUUCAUGGUGGUGUGUUAUAAAAGAGGAUCGGCUUCGUCGAAGGUGCUUGCAAUGGACAUGCGAAAUGACGUCAUUACCUCACUGGUGGCCAUCAGUUGUGCCACAAUAGGCUAUUAUUACUGGCCUUAUGCGGACCCUGUCGGUGCCAUCGUUGUUUGCGGACUCAUCGCGAUUUCAUGGUUCCAAAAUGCACUGGAAUAUGUGCCGAUACUCGUUGGUGUUCGUGGUGAAAGAGAUCAUCUGAGCCGAAUCAUCAAAAUCGUCAUUGAACACGACGAUCGAAUA